AUUAUUAUUACUAUUGAUGUUAUUGUUCUUAUUAAGCGAUUACAAGCCAUUAGCUUUUUUUCUGCAACCGUGCGUCUUAAAAAGGGACACGAGUUCCGUGUGCGCGCAAACACACAGCAGACAGAAACCGCGCGCGCUCCCGCGCUCCUCCGCUCCGAAAGCGCGCGUGUUGGUUCGAGGGCAGCGCUGUGCUGUCUGUCUGUCUCCAGCGCACUAAACUGCCCAUCUAAAAUAUGUCACGUCUCUGCUUUUAGCAUUUAAAUGUUUUGCAAUGAAAAGGUUUACGAGCAGAGAACAUGGAGAAACGACAAGGAUGCACUGAACUCAAUGGAAUGGAAAACUUAAACGUUGAUGUGGCCGUAAAAGAAGACAGUAAGUGAGUGCAUGUAGGUGUAGGCGUUUUGUACAGCUCAUCCUCACCUACAGUGGGAUUACAAAGCGAAAUCCAAUUGCACUUCAUCAGACAAAUCUAUACAUCCAGUCACCUCAUUCCAGGAUUAUGGAAUUUCUUUGAGUCUGAUAUUAUCUGCAUGUUUGGAUAUGGAUGCGGUGAAAGAGCGAGUUUUAGCCCCCGGUAAGGCGGGACUGAAGAAUCUGGCUGGAAAGACCCUGGCACAUAUGCAAAGAGUUAUUGAGAAGAAGCAGAAAACGGGCGAAGUGAUCGAGCUGACUGAAGAUGGCCGCCCCAAACAGAUCAGAGAGAGGAAAGCGCCGCUGCUUGACUGUGCGUGCUUUGGGCUUCCUCGCCGCUACAUCAUCGCCAUCAUGAGCGGCCUGGGCUUCUGUAUUUCUUUCGGAAUCCGCUGCAACCUCGGGGUUGCGAUAGUGGGCAUGGUCAACAACAGUACCGUACACCAGGGUGACAAGAUCAUCAUCAAAGAGAAAGCGAAGUUUAAUUGGGAUCCGGAGACGGUGGGGAUGAUCCACGGCUCGUUCUUCUGGGGUUAUAUAGUGACACAGAUACCUGGAGGUUACAUCUCCUCAAGACUUGCAGCCAACAGGGUGUUCGGAGCCGCCAUCCUGCUGACGUCAACACUCAACAUGUUUAUUCCCUCGGCGGCGCGCGUGCACUACGGCUGCGUUAUAUUUGUGAGGAUAUUACAGGGCUUGGUGGAGGGUGUGACCUAUCCAGCCUGCCAUGGUAUAUGGAGCAAGUGGGCACCGCCUUUAGAGAGAAGUCGAUUGGCAACUACAUCUUUCUGUGGUUCCUAUGCUGGUGCUGUGGUAGCUAUGCCUCUGGCUGGGAUCCUGGUUCAGUAUUCAGGCUGGUCAUCUGUCUUCUAUAUUUAUGGUAGUUUUGGUAUUGUCUGGUAUGUGUUCUGGAUCCUGGUGGCUUAUGAGAGCCCAGCCGAACACCCAACUAUUACAGAUGAAGAGCGGCUUUACAUAGAAGAAAGUAUUGGAGAAGGGACAAAACUGCUUGGGGCAACUGAAAAAUUUAAGACACCCUGGAGGAAGUUCUUCACUUCAAUGCCUGUCUAUGCAAUUAUUGUGGCCAACUUCUGCAGGAGCUGGACCUUCUACCUUCUGCUCAUUAGCCAGCCAGCGUACUUUGAGGAGGUGUUUGGUUUUGAGAUAAGUAAAGUUGGCAUGUUGUCUGCCCUGCCUCACUUGGUCAUGACCAUCAUAGUGCCCAUAGGAGGCCAACUUGCUGACUUCCUACGCAGCAAUAAAAUCAUGUCCACAACCAAUGUCCGAAAGAUAAUGAAUUGUGGAGGAUUUGGGAUGGAGGCAACACUGUUGUUGGUAGUUGGUUUCUCCCACAGCAAAGGUGUAGCUAUCUCAUUUCUGGUAUUAGCAGUGGGCUUCAGUGGCUUUGCCAUAUCAGGUUUUAAUGUGAACCACCUGGACAUUGCGCCCAGGUAUGCCAGUAUACUGAUGGGCAUCUCCAAUGGAGUUGGAACACUUUCUGGAAUGGUCUGCCCUCUUAUAGUGGGUGCCAUGACCAAAAACAAGAGUCGGGAAGAAUGGCAAAAUGUGUUCCUUAUUGCGUCCUUGGUCCAUUAUGGUGGUGUGGUUUUCUACGGGAUCUUUGCAUCAGGCGAACAACAGCCAUGGGCAGAUCCAGAGGAAACCAGCGAGGAAAAGUGUGGCUUCAUCAAUGAAGAUGAGCUUGCUGAAGAAACCGGCGACAUUACACUUAGUCAUGCUCCGUUUGGAGCCCAGGGAGCUUUUGGGGCUCCCCAGAAAUCAUAUGGGGCCACAACUCAGCUCAACGGGGGAUGGGCAGGAAACUGGGAGAAGAGAGAGGAGUUCAUCCAGGAAGGAGCUGUGCAGGUCUAUCCUCAGGGUGGGGAUGGAUACUCAUAGGACACAGGGGCUGGUUACAUGCAGGAAGGUCACUACAGUUGUAAAAUCCUAAAAUAUUUAAAAGACAGUGGUGACUGAACUAAAAUGUACCAGCAUACUAUAAAUGUAUCUGCAGGGAUUCCUCAGAUAACAAAGCAUGGUUUGCUUAGACCAAUUUAGAAAUUAUUACACUGAAGGUAGGGAAGAUUAAUCAAUGAUUAUAUAUAGAAAUACUUUAGAAAUACAGUUAGAAAAGUAUUUAUGUAAUAACUCAAUCCUUUUAAUGGCCAUCUAAAAUUACAACACUAUUUCUUCAGUAACAUCAUAGAUUGAAAAUGAAAGUCAUAAAUAUUUAUAAAUAUUUAUAAGAUGAACCUAUUUAAGUUUCACUUUUAUAAGUUGAACUAAAUAUAUGAUGUACUAUAAACUAUGAAACAUUCAUUCAAGAUAUAGAAAUUUAUAUUUUAGUAGCUACACCUGUCCUAUAGGUCACUGUCGAUGCACAAUUACUAUAUAUAUAUAUCUAUUGCAUCCUUUGCAGUGUGUCAGCCUUCAUUCUGAGCUAGUGGAAAGAACUGUACCACUGUAGGCGGUGUAGGACAAUUGUCAGUACAGCAGUGACACUGACAUGACAGUGACAUCUUAGUGUGCCCUUUUACUGAAUGUUCCUAAAUAAUUAGAAAUAAAUAUUAAGCAGUAUAACCACACAGUCUAAAAGUCAACAGGAUAUCUAUAUAGAACCAUAAAUGUUUUGCAGCAAAAGAUGGGUUUAAUCUAUUCAGUACCUAUAGACCUAAAUAGCACAAACUACUUACUGUAGUUUAUGUUGACCUGAUGAGCAUUAUUUCCAUCUGAGGACUUUCAGUCUCAGGUUUACUUAGCACGUGCGAUCUGAAACAAUUACAUGAUACACUGCUUGUUUAACUCCAAAAUUUAAGGCUGAAUUAAAAACAUUAUGUCUGAAAUUUAUCUUAAAUUAAAAGGAAUGAACGACAUUUCAUAACAGAUUAAAGUAGUAUAGUAUAUAGUAUAUAAUUUGCAAAAAAUGCUGAUGUACCUUAAUAUAUUGUGAAUCAAAUGUGUAAUUUUUUCAUGGAGCUUUUCUUGUGAAGAGUUUGUGUCUGACAGUUCUGUUGUUUACAUAAUUGACGUGCAAUCUUGUAUCCAUUGUGGCACAAAAUACAUUCUAUAGCACUUCUUUACUUUACGUGUACUUAAAUGGCAAUGUGUUGUAACAGUCCUAUAUUUCCUCACCAUUACACUUUGUACUUUACCUAAUAUUGAGCCAGUCUUUAAGACACAUAUUGUACCAAUAUGCCAAUUUCACCAGAACCUUGAAUGCACUGACGGGUAUUUCCUAAAAAGUGGUUUUAUUCCUUGUCUGUUUGUUAAUAUAGAUCUGCUGUGUCUGUGAAGUUGGGUUGGUGAUCUGUAUGCUAAUUGUUAUACAAAGGCCAUAUUUUUAUAGACAGCACCAUAUCAAGGAGCUGUUCAUUUAAGUGUAUUGAGAUUUCAAAUGGCGCAUGCUAUACAUGUUGUCCACCAUGAAUGUGUAGAAAGCUUCACCUUCAGUUGAAACUUUCAACAAAAUACAUUUGUGGUUGUAGUGUUUUCAACUUCCAUCCAAAGUUGGUGUGAUUUGUUUUGAUAGGCUUUAUAACAGUGAUAGGCUUCUUGUCUAUGUUAACUUGAUAUGCUACCAAGCACAGGCUCAAGAUUUACACGUCAAUACCUGAAAUGGUUGAUGGGAAAAACUGAAAAAGAUGCAUUGCAAUAACUUUUUGAAUAGCUGUCAUAAUACAGUUUAAUGUGAUUCCUACUCCUGUCAUAUUAGUUGUUAUCAAAGUAAUACAAGUUAAGCGUCAUGUGGAUUUGUAAAGGAAUGGCUUAAACCUAGCUUGCUACCUUCAGGGGACACAUGCUAUUAUAUUAUUCAGCAUUUUUUGCAGUUGGAACAUGAGCCAUGACUUCAUAUUUCUCUAAAAUGAACUGUCUAACUGGUCCAUUGGGUGGCACUAUGAAAUAAUUAACCAAAGCCCUAUAUACAUAUAUGGAAAAGAUGAUAUAUAAAAACAUAUGUAAAGUAUUUAUUCCGAGAUAUUCAGACUAUGCUACACUAUAUUGCAGAUAGAUAAUACAGAGCUAUACUCAGUUCCUUACUUACAAAUUACAUGUUAAUGUUCUUAUGUUCUGUUGUGUCAAAGAGUAAUUUAUUAAUGGCAAAAGGUGUUAUACAGUACUGUAUAAUUGCUCUUUAUCAUUUUACAUAAAAUGUGCCAAAAUAACCCAAACAGUUCUCUACUGUUAUUUUCA